UCCACUUCGACCCUCAACUGCUGCUGCUGCUCUCAUCCUUGUCCUCUCGCAUCAGCUCAUCCCUCCAUUGUCUCAAAAGCUCCUUCCUUGUAUUGCUAUCAUGUCCCAGCAUCUCAAUGCCCAGCCAGGCAUCAACAUCGUCCGCGCAGCACGACUCGCCAUGGGCGCAAGUGCAGACGCACCACUGCCGCCUACUGCGCAGCAAGACUACCUCCCUCAUCCAGAUACGCUCCGUGCAGCUCACGCAGCAAGCAAUGAUCGCAGCUUUGCCUACGCAGACGGCACGAUUCACUAUCCAGUCAAGACUGGCAUGCGUGAGCGCGAUGCACAGCGAGACUCAUUCCUCAGGGGUGGUACACAGUUUACUGGCUUCCAGUCGCAGCGUGUCAGGUAAGGAGAUGCUCUCAGAUCAUCUCCAACGAGUCCUUGUGCUAACGAGUACUAGGCAGCGUCCGCCAACACUUGCACAGCGCUUUGUAGGGUCUCUCAGACGGACACUGACGCGCAAGCGUGAUACGCCCGUCUUCUUCAAUAUGAACCAUGCUCGCUCUGGUAAAGUGACAGAUGCGCACUUCUACGCGCCACCUGCAUCAGCUGUUGAUCCUGUACCCUCUGCACCACCGUCGCACAGGACGGAGAGUGUCUUCUCGCAAUUCAAAGAGCAUGUAGAUGCUCCUACGCACCCUGCAUCGACUCGUCCACCGUCAAUGAGUCAAGAAGGAUCGUUUGCUGGACAAGCUCAAGCAUCGCCCGUGUAUACAGACCUACACAUCUCCGCAUCAUCCUAUGUCCGUCCUGCUCGCACAGCCAGUGGCAGUACGCAGUUUGGCUUUCGAGCAGCUUCAAGGCGCAGCUCUGCUGCUACCAGUCAAGUUCCCAGUCACGCCCCUGCUACAGUGCGUCAGACACGCUCACCCAUCGUUGCCUUUACCGAUUCUGACCGGCUAGCACAACGAUAUACAGACAAAUUGCGUGGUAUGCAGGAUGCAGCUUCAACAGUGAGCAAAUUGAGUGUGCUUGAUCCAACAGACGAGUCUGCCGUGCCGGUGCAACACCCUUCCAAGCAAUCCAGAAAGCCCGACAGCGACUCUGGUUCGGAAUUUGGGUUUCCCAAGGAUGGUACAGCCAAGAGACCGCAUUCGUGGGAUCUGCAGGAUAUGCUCAAGCACCGGCGAGACCGAACUGCCAGUCAAGAAACGAAUCAAGUGCUGAACAACUGGUCAGAUUCGAGCGAGGAAGAACAGAUGCCUAUACCCAUGGCUACAGCAGCGCCUGCCAUGCCGGUCGCGACACCACCCUCGCCAAAGUCAACGACACCCAAGUCGCACAAGUCCAAGCAAGCUACACCAAAGUUCAAGUCACCGAAACAAACGCCAGCAAGACCCACGCAGCACGCCUCACCCGACCGUCGGGUUUUUGGGGAACUCCUCAACAGUGCACGCAAAGCAACACGGUCUGCGCAAAAGACAUGGUCGCGGACACCUGGUCGACCGACACCCAAGACUGCCUCGCAACGGCAAUUCUCGCGCGACUUGAGACAAUCCCAUACACCGAACGGUAAGCAUGUGACGUCUGCUAUUCGCAACUAUGAGGAGAAAGUUGCCAAGGAGAGCAUGGAAUCAAGACGAUCCUCUUCUGCUUUUCAGAGCUUCACGGGUACUGUUCCAAGAACUGCACCUAUUUUAUUUGAUCUGGAAGAUGCCGUUGAGUCUCAUUUUGGUCCUGUUGAUGCAUGGCGCGCUCGAGUACAUGAUCAGGAGAAUCACUCAUACGAGUCUGGGGCGAUGCUGCUAUAAGACUAGAUUGUAUGGAGCAUAGCGUAGCAUUGUAGCGCAGAUGGCUACUGUACAUUCAUCUGCUUGUCCUCUUAUCAUCUACGCUACCCCGUUGCUGACAUAAGGAAUUACGUAGCCGAGAUCGGAUCUGGUGGCGCUUGUCAAUUACGUGC